AUGGCCUCUCCAUUCGAAAGAGCGCCAUCGCGGCGCCCAUCACUGCUGAAUACAUCCUCUCAUGAUGGGGACAAGGAGCUGGCGCAUUCGCUCAAGCAGCUCUCCCUUUCGACAUCAUCCGCCAGCAACUCACCCCGGGCUUCGAGCGCUCUGUCUCCCAUGAGACCGGCCGUAAAUCGAACAUCUCCGGCACCGAGUCCACGAGCCCCGUCUCGAAGUCCCUCCUUUGCGAGAGAGCUCUCCCGCUCCCGAUCUUCGACGCCGACGCUGCAGCGAUCUUCAACGCCAACACUUCAGCGCAAGACCUCCACCAGUUCCUUGCACUCUGUGAGUGGCUCUUCGAGCCGAACCCCUAGCCGAGCGCCUUCGAGGCGAACUAGCAUGGUGCAUGCCUCUUCUCCUGUCGCCAAAUCCCCUUUGCGCCCGAGCCCCCCUGAGUAUAUCAAGCCUGCGCCCACAGCGAAUACGGUCGCCCGCGAUUACUUCAAGACCGAAUUGGAGGUUCACCACUCGCCAACUUCGACUCGAGCAACGGAAACCCUCGUCAUUCUCCACGAUGCCUGCUACGGCCACCGUUUCUCUCGACCCAAGACGUCCAAGGGCGCUCUCAGCACCAUCGUUGAGCGGCCUGAGAGAAUCAAGGCCGGCGUGUUGGGGGUUGCCAUGGCCUACGUGCGGCUCGGGGAACGGCACUGCGAUGGCGCAUAUGCGCUGCAUCCAAGCCUGGAUCCCUCUACCAUCCCGACGAUUCCGUUUCGCAUCUACAAGACCGAACGGAGACUGCCCCUGACAUCGGCAGCUGUCACCAACGUCCACGGCACCAAGUGGAUGGAGGAGCUCAAGAUGAUGUGCGAAGGAGCAGAGAUAAAGUUGGCGACUGGUGGGAAGGAGCUUCAGAGGCCAGAAUUAAACAGAGGUUCAGACGGACCGCCUGCGAAAUUCCACGAGGGUGACCUCUAUCUUUGCUCCGAAUCGCUGGAGGCUUUUGAGGGCGCGCUGGGUGCCGUUUGCGAGGCCGUAGACCGCGUUUUCACAUCAGGUCCUCGACGAGCCUUUGUCGCUGUACGCCCACCGGGACAUCAUUGCUCAGCUUCUUUCCCGUCAGGAUUUUGCUGGGUUAAUAACGUCCAUGUCGGUAUUAUGCAUGGCAUUCUGAACCAUGGCCUUACCCAUGCGGCUAUCAUCGAUUUCGAUCUUCACCACGGAGAUGGCUCCCAAGCCAUCACUUGGGCGCAUAACUCACGGGGAGUGAAUGCGGCCAAGAACACGGCAGCGUGGAAGAAGGCGUCCAUCGGCUACUUUAGUCUUCACGACAUCAACUCGUACCCCUGUGAGUGGGGUGAUGAGGAGAAGGUCAAGAAUGCCAGUCUGUGUAUUGACAAUGCCCACGGCCAAAACAUCUACAACGUCCAUCUGGAAUCAUAUGGUUCAGAGAAGGAGUUCUGGGAGCUAUACGAGACCAGGUACUCAGUAAUCCUGGAGAAGACGCGCAAGUAUCUGAAAAACCAAGCGGCUCGCCUUCGUGCUUUGAAUCUGCCUCCUAAGGCGGCAAUCUUCUUCUCGGCCGGAUUCGAUGCCAGUGAGUGGGAGACCAAGGGUAUGCAACGUCAUAAUGUGAACGUUCCUACCGAGUUUUACGCUCGUAUUGCUCAAGAUGUUGUGAAGCUUGCCGCAGAGGAAGGAUUAGGAGUUGACGGGCGCGUAAUCAGCGUGCUCGAGGGCGGCUACAGCGACAGAGCUCUUUACUCUGGUAUUUUCAGCCAUCUGAGCGGACUCUCAGGAAAUCAGACCCCGGAAGAGCCCACUCGGGGUCGCUCUUCACUCGGCGACGAAAUGGCAGGGCAGAUCGCUGCAGCCAUUACUGGCGAGCCAUCUCUACAUCCUUACAAACCGUCAUGGUGGUCGAGCUCCGAACUCGACGAGCUAGAAGUUGCGAUGGGCAACAGACCAGCCAGUCCCAAGAUGAUACGGCACUCAACUCCGCCGACAUACUCAACUCCCACACAGGCGUCGAUUGCAACACCACCUCCCCCUGAUGUGCCAUGGACCAUAGCAGCCCAUGAGCUGAGCAGGCUACUCAUUCCGUCGGAUCGCCAAGUCGAUAGCUGCAAACCUGAAGACCUAAACGCGGAGGCUACAAGGGCCCGGAGAGACCGGCAGUCAAUUCUCAACCCUGAUCUUGUGCCGCCGGCACCUGCUCCCGCGCCCGCUCCGAAGCCAGCAAGCAGGCCUACCUCGCGAAUGUCUCUGAGAGAGCGGAAGCCAGCGAAGCCUGGCUUAUACGUUGAUGUAGACGAAGAUGAUGACAAGCAGUCCAAGAAUCGGCGAAGAACGGUCGCGGGCCCUGCUGCUCUGUCAUCUGAGAAUGCAACGGCCCGAGGCAUACCCUCUGACACAAAUGGAGCAGCUAAGCGACCUGGUCGACGCCUUAGUGGUGUGUCUACUGUGGCUUCGAAUGCUCCCAACACAGAGUUCGAGAGCAACGGAGUUUCAGCUCAGCGUCCCGACACUUCUAUGAGUGUGCGACCAGACACUGCGAUGAGUGUCAGAACUCAGAGUGCUACGUCUUUGAAUGUUAAGAAGACAAGACCUCCAGCAGUCAAGAAGGAAGCCCCCAAAACCACCAGAAUUGUGAAGAAGCCUGCCGCAAUGGCAAAACCCUCUCCUCAGCAGGCUGGACCAUCUCAGCCGCCUCAAGGAAAGCCGAGCCCAGCUGCUGCAUCGGAGGACGAUAUGGACAAGUUGACUGCCGGUAUGAAGAAGGUCAAGAUCAACUUAAUCACAAAAACACAGAAAGAAGAGCGUGCCAAGGCAGCACAAGCAGUUCAAGCCGCUCAAGCCAAAGCUGCCGCACCCCCCACAGCCGAGGAAGCAAAGACGGAUUUCCCGUUUGAAGCACAGACGGCUUACUCGCCGGUGGCACCUCCGAUCGUCACACCUCCGCAAGACGAGGCUUUCGCUACACCGCCAACGCAGCCUCCGGUUAUUGAAGACUCGUCACCGCCUGCCGUCCCAGAAGGCCGGCCUGAAGUCUCAACUCCAGUGACGGAGCAAAUGCCUCUCGUCGCCACCCCUGAUCCUCGUUCAGUAGAGCUCCUCGCCAGCUCACCCGCCGCGAUGUCGCCAACCGUAGCAACACCCUCAUCGGAUGUUUUCAUCAACUACCAACCGGAGGGCCCUCCACCUGUGUCCGUAACGCCGUCAGAACCCCUGAAGUGGAUGCCGCCCAACACCAACACGCCCGUCAAAGCCUCGCCGUCUAAGCCAUCGCCAGCCAAGCUGUCUUCAGCUAAACCGUCGCCCAUGAAGAAGUCUCCGGUAAAGAUGAUGCGUGCCGAUCUUCCAGUCUUCACCUCCACAUCCGCGAUCCCCUUUGCGCCGCCGGGAAUGAGCGCCCCGUCUGAGGUCGAGCAAGAGCCGGCAAUUAAGGCCGAUCCGGAGGAGCCGGCAAAGUCGGUUUGGGAUAUCCCGGAAACUCCGCAGAGGCAAUAG